UGCAAUUCCAACGUGUUUGCGCCCGCCACAGCUUCCAAAACACAUACCACAUUGAAAUCCCACACUGCCGCGCUAUAGCCUCCGUGUCCACCGAGUGCCUGCGAAUAUAAGUUAGAAGCUUGGCACAGAAAUAAGAACGCAUAUCACAAACGGCAAGCUUUUCUUAAUCAGCCUCUGCCCGGCGUAAGGGCGUGUUACAUCUCACAACGAAGGGCACAAUGGCCUCAGAAAUGGAGACCAACCCUCUGAUAUCAACACAAAAGUCCGACUCGGAGCUCCAUGUCGGCCUGCAUCCUCUCGUGCUUCUCACCGUUUCCGACUACAUAACAAGGCACACACUCCGAGGACAGACAUGUCCCAUAGUCGGAGCGAUUCUAGGCCAGCAAAAUGGAACCAAAAUCACAAUGGAACAUGCUUUUGAGUGCUUGACGCAGUCUCUUCCCAACGGCGAUCUCUCUCUAGACCAGGAUUGGUUCACCAACAGGCUAGACCAAAUGAAACUUGUCCAUAAAGAUCGGAACCUAGACCUCGUCGGCUGGUUCACCUUACUCCCCCGCGCCGGUCCCGACCAACGACUUCUACAGCUGCACAACCAAAUCCUAGCUAUUAAUGAGUCUGCCGCCCUACUGGCUCUCCACCCUGAAGACAUCGCUGCGGCUGCUGGCAGCAAAUUACCCGUCACAAUAUACGAGACAGUCCUCGAAUCCGAUGAUCAGAGGCAGAACCAGUCCAUCGGUGGCGAUGAGGAGAUGAAGGACAGCGGAAACGAGUCUGCCGAGAACUCAUUGAGGCCCAGGUUUCGCGAGCUUCCUUACUCUGUAGAGACGGCCGAGGAUGAGAUGAUCAGCAUGGCCUUCGUCGCCCGCGGCGGCGCAAAUGCUGGAACAGCGACUGUGGUUGACGACCCCGCGAACCGAAAGAAGUCGUCAGUCUCAUCAGUUCAGGUCGAUACCAAAGGCAAGCGAAGGGCGGUUUCCAAAGAAGAGGAGGAGGAGGAACCAGGCGCCGCUGAGCCUGUCGUCUUAUCUCGCGAAGACGAGGAGCUUGUUUCGACCCUCACGGCCAAGGCGAACGCUAUCAGGAUGCUUUCUGCGCGGAUCCAACUCAUCAAAAAGUAUCUGGAGGGACUACCUCCAUCGUAUCUAUCCAGGGACCAGAGUGGAUCAGCUCCGGAUGUCUCGGAACAAACCAGUGGCGCCACAGCCCCGUCUCCAGUGUUGCUCCGAUCGAUCCAGGCAUUGGUCAACCGCAUCCCUCUACUAAUUCCUUCAUCGACGGAAGCGUUCCGGCAAGACAUGCUGAGCGAGGCAAACGACGUACAGAUCGUCUCACUUCUCAACGACGUCUUGCAAAGUGUCAACGAGCUGAGGGACGUUGGAAAGAAGUUCCAUGUGGUUGAGCUGGCCAAGCCACGCAAGGGUGACAACUCUUCAUUACUUGGGAUCCAGCAACAAUUGUCUACCGCCGGCGAUAUCAUGUCGUGAGCAGUACAUCGAGGUGACACACUAGCAGCUAUCUAACCUUCCGGCGUGGAUGUGGUGAAUGAUGGUAAUGGAGUUUGACGAUAUUUUCAUUUUGGAGCGACACGUAAUAGAAUUUUUUUUUACUUACUUUGGCAAUCAAGAAUGCUGCAGAAGCAAUGGGAACAGCAUGAACUAUCAAUGAAGUUACGCAAGCGAGAGUCAUGGAGCGUCAGCCUUACGGACAUCAUGAGUAAAAUCUACCUAACCCCUAAAGGUUACUUGGCAUUGACUGGCUGGGAGGAGAAUUGUGCUACAGCAGCCGCUUCCUUGAGCUUCCCCUCGGGCUCACGAUGGCGAAAAUGGGACAAAAUGAGGGCGGGGAAUAGCCCGUAGUAGUGUUGAAUAGUUCACAGAAGUAGGCAAAGAUAAGGAGACAAUUCUGAUAUGAUACCUUUUCACAGGUCUCGCCUUCUAUCCCUUAUAUGACAUUGGGGUUAUAGCCCAAG